CGAACCAAUUAUUUAUUGAAAAAGAUGUGUAAAGAGGGGAAUGGGUGUGUGUAAAUAGAAGCUCCCCAAUCCGUGAUCGUGUGAAGUCGAGCGAGGUAGAGGAUUAAGGGUUUUGCCUCUGCGAUCGAGUCUCCAACUGAGGUUUCGCCAUGGUACUUCUACAGCCAGACCCAUUUCUCAAUGAGCUUACUAGCAUGUUUGAGCGCAGCACAGAAAAAGGCUCUGUUUGGGUUACUCUCAAACGCUCAUCCAUGAAGUCUAAGGCCCAGAGGAAAAAAAUGGGAACGGCUGGUGACGAAAUUGAGUACAGAUGUCUUGUUCGGGCAACUUGUGGCAAAAAGACUAUUUCCACUUCGGUGGGGCAAAAGGAUCACCAACGGUUUCAAGCUUCUUAUGCAACAAUUCUCAAGGCUCGGAUGACUGCUUUGAAGAAGAGGGAGAGGAAGGACAAGAGAAAGGCUGCAGAUGCAGCUGCUGAUAAGAAACAAGACGGUUCAAAGAAGCGAUCUACUGCUCCUCUUUAGUCCUGUGUUUAAGCUCACCUCAGCUGGAUCUUCUUGUUUCUCUUCUUUUUUCCGUCUCACUUUUCUUUGAUAGAAUGCGAUGAUAAUUUUCACUCUCUCUCUCUCGCUCUCUCUCUCUCUCUUAAUUAGAGCUGUUAAAGGGAUUUGAAUUUGAAGAGACAUGUUUUUGUUCAAUUGCCUUUCAAAAGAUGAUUAGAUAUUACCAUGUGUCACUGAUUACAUUGUAUUUUUGGCAAAUGAGAAACUGCAGCACACUCUAAAGUGAGUCAUUUUUAGCAUGUCUCAUUCGUAAAAUUUUCAUCAAUGUAAUUGAUUUGGAAUGCUAUUUCUGCCUUUUAAGAA